AAUCAGAGAAAAGAAGAAGACAGAUCAAUGGCUCCGACGAUCAAAACCAUCGGAAGUUUCCGUACUCACCAGAAACACUUAAUCGAUUUCUUCGGAGACGACUUGAUCGUCACUGUUACGCCGACUGCUACCGUAAUCCGCCGCUGGAUUCGCAGCGUCCGCUCCUACAACCGUGACUGUUACCGUCUACCCGAGGUCCUCCGAACUUUCCUCGCCGAUCCCAAAACAACUUUCGUCGGCGUCUGGAACGGCCAAGACCAGAGAAAACUCGCGACAUGUAGGCAUCAAUUGAAGAUCGGGAAGCUUCUAGACAUAAGGCUAUACGUGAUAGAUUCGAGAGGGAUUACGAUGCGUUUUUGUUCGUUUGAACAGAUCGUGAAGGAGCGUUUGGGACGCGAAGGUGUGAGGUUGGAUCCGGCGAUUUGUAUGAGCGAUUGGGGCGUUUAUAACCUCAGCCAUGAUCAGGUACUUCAAGCGUCGAUUGAGUCGUGUGUUUGCUUCAAGCUCGCUGUUGAGGAACGUCUCUGGGAACUUAAAAGUAUCAAAGGAAUCUAAUGUUGUUGCUAAUCUUGUGAUUUGAAUAAGUUGUUGUUCUUCACUCUUUAUCAAGACAAUCAACGUCUUCUAAUUCAUAAAAGUUUUCGUGUUAUAUUGAAUGUUGACUAGAAAUGCGUUAGAACCUCAUAAAUCUAGACCUUUACU